AUAAAGACCAGGCAGCCUGGGAACAAGGCACAGCUGCCCAGCCCACAGAGACUGACGGUCCUGCCCCAUGCUCUGCUUCUCCUGCCAGCAACUCAGACCAUGGAAGAUUCCCACCACGGCAGUGUCUUCCUCGUUCUUCUCGUGCUGUGUGUCUUGCUAACUCUAUCAGAAGCUGGAUCCCGGAAGCCCAGGGCUGCAGCCUGUGCUCCGUGGUGCCCUCCAAACUCCACAUGUGUCAGCGCUACCGCCUGUCGUUGCCUUCCGGGAUUCAGUUCUUUGUCUGGAGAGAUCAUCACCAACCCCUCGGAGAGUUGUGAUGACAUCAACGAGUGUGGGCCACCCCUGACAGUGUCCUGUGGGAGAUUUGCAGACUGCCAGAACACUGAUGGGAGCUACCACUGCACGUGCAUCCCAGGAUAUGAGCUUGUGGCUGGGGGAACAACAUUCAGGAAUGAGAGUGAGAACACGUGCCAAGACGUGGAAGAAUGUAAGCAGAAGCCCAAAAUAUGUAAAAGUCGCAGCAUCUGCGUCAACACUCAGGGCAGCUACACCUGCAAGUGCCAGCCCGGCUUUGAGCUCAAUCCGAAGGAUCCGAAGCUGUGCACAGAUGUGAAUGAAUGUUCCGGAGGUCUGAACCCCUGCCACCAGACCACCCACUGCCUGAACUUCGUGGGAGGCUAUGAGUGCCGCUGCCGCCCUGGCUGGAAGCCGGUCCCUGGAUCCCCCAAUGGCCCAAACAACACUGUCUGUGAAGAUGUGGACGAGUGCAGCUCUGGGCAGCACCCGUGUCACACCUCCACCCACUGCGUCAAUACUCCGGGCUCAUACAAGUGCCGUUGCCCCCAGGGCUGGGUGCCCAAACCUGGAUUCUCCAAUAACCAGAAAACCACCGUCUGUGAAGAGUUUACCUUCCCCACCCCGACCCUGCCUCCUGAAAUCAAGAGCAAGAGACUCUCCAGUUACUUUAAAGAAGUCCAGGAUCUUGAAAGAAAAUUCAAGUCAACUGAGCCCCAGAACACCAUCAAGGGUUUCAUCCAAUCAGUGGAUAAUCUGUUGGAAAACCCUGAAGACCUGGAGGCCCUCGCCCUUCCUGAACGACACCACAUAGCCACCAUCCUGCUCUUCAACCUAGAGUUGAUCCUGAGGUCCCUUGCCAAGGUUAUGCCAAAAGCACCCUUCACCUACUAUUCGCCUUCAGACACAGCGCUGUCCCUGAUGAUCAAGGAUCCAGGGAAUGAUAAUGUCACCGUGGGCCAUGCCCUUGCAAAGAUGCUGCUGAACUGGGCUGUGGCAACUGGAGCUGAAGACUCAAAUAAUGGCAGGGGUCCAAUCGUUCCCACUGUGGCAGGCAUCUUCUCCAGCCGAAACAUGCAGAAAAUGGUGGUCAACGCCUCCUUGGAUCUAGACCCCAAAAAGAUAUCUGAGCUGGAAAAAACUUACGAGGGGCCCAUCAGAGGUGCCCAGCUGAGGAUCGUUUCAGCCAUCAACUCGGUGUUUCUGAGUAACAAGAAUACAGAGAAACUUGACUCUCCAGUCACCUUCGCCUUCUCCCAUCUUCAGGAGUCAGGCCAGCAGAAGACACCUGGACCACGGCAGGAACUGAUUUGUGCCUUCUGGAAGCAUGACCAUGUCAGGGGCGGGCACUGGGCCACCACGGGCUGCCGGACACUGGGCAGCGGGAGUAACAGCACCACUUGCCAGUGCAACCACCUAAGCAGCUUUGCCAUCCUCAUGGCCCACUAUGACGUGGAGGACUGGAGGCUGACUCUCAUCACCAAGGUGGGACUGUCGCUGUCCGUGAUCUGCCUGCUGCUGUGCAUUCUCACCUUCCUGCUGGUGCGGCCCAUCCAGAGCUCCCGCACUACCGUGCACCUGCACCUCUGCAUCUGCCUCUUGGUGGGCUCCACCAUCUUCCUAGUGGGCAUCGAGAACGAAGGUGGCCAGGUGGGGCUGCGCUGCCGCCUGGUGGCCGGGUUGCUGCACUACUGGUUUCUGGCCGCCUUCUGCUGGAUGAGCCUAGAAGGUCUGGAACUCUACUUCCUCGUGGUGCAUGUGUUCCAGGGCCAGGGCCUGGGCAAGCUCUGGCUCUACCUGAUCGGCUAUGGUGUGCCCUUGCUCAUCGUGGCCAUCUCAGCUGCCAGCGCAGCUGCCCUCAAAAUCCAAGGCUACGGCCGUGCCAGCUACUGCUGGUUGGACCGCGACCAUGGCUUUCUUUGGAGCUUCCUGGGACCUGUGACCGUUAUUAUUUUGUGCAAUGCUGUCAUCUUUGUGACCACUGUCUGGAAGCUCACUCAGAAGUUUGCUGAAAUCAACCCAGACAUGAAAAAAUUGAAGAAAGCUAGGGUGCUGACCAUCACAGCCAUCGCCCAGCUCUUUGUGCUGGGCUGCACCUGGGUCUUUGGACUGUUCCUGCUCGACACGCGGAGCUGGCUGCUGACCUACACUUUCACUGUCCUCAACUGUCUACAAGGCCUCUUCCUCUUCGUGCUGCACUGUCUGCUCAACAAGAAGGUGAGGGAGGAAUACCGGAAGUGGGCCUGCAGGGUCACUGGGAACAAGUACUCAGAGUUUGCUACAACAUCCACGUCGGGCUCCAGCCACAACCAGAGUCGGGCCCUCAGACCAUCAGAGUCUGGCAUGUGAAGGAGUCCUGGCCAGGCCUGCAGCUCCUGUUGCCUCAGCAGCUUUUGUACAUGCUUAAGUGCCCCUUCUCCUGCCGCCCUGCUCCCUCCAAGGCCUGACAGGUGUAGUCUGGCACUUAAACAAAUACCCAGCCGGAGUGGAAGGUUGGACCUACAGAGCCUGCUUCUGUUCCAUUCUGGCUGUGACUUGGGGUAGGGGCAGUCGCUGCAGCCCGUUUCCUCUGGUACAAACUUGAGAGCUGUGUGUGGCUUGGCCCUUCUCCUCAGCCAUCUUUGCUACAGAACAAGAAGCCAAGGGACUGGGGUUCAACUUCCCAAGUAAAGCUAAGACCGAAGGUGAGAGAAGCCUCCAGGCCACUGACUAAAGCUAACGGUACAGAGGUCCCAUCUGCUCCUGGAACAGAGGGUUCUCACUAUUUCAAAAGUUGUGGAUGUUGUGUAAUGGUUUUUUUUUCUUUUUUACCUGAUAAACCUUUCCAAGUUGACACUUAAAAAAUUAAAAAACAAACCAAUACAGAAGGUGGUGUUGCUGGCUGACUCGGGGCUCACAGACCAGGCCCAUUCAUUUUGUCCAUGGGUUGCUAAUAACAGAAUUACACAAGGUGGGAGCCAGGCUUCCAUAAU